AAAAUAAAAAAAUAAACAUUUUUUCAGAGCUCUAUCUGCAUUUCUUUAUUACGAAGCAGACAGCGAGCAGAGGCUGUAACAGUCAUCUGACCAGUAAGUAAUGAGGAAUUUUGUCGGUAACUAACAAAACUAUGUCUUGCUUUGUGACAUUUAAGUCAAUAUUAACCAAGCCAGGUGGCAAACAAACUUAGCAUCGAGUCAAGUUAAUGGUAACUGACAGAAGGUUUGCUAAUUUGCAGACAUCUACUUCUAAGUUUGAUGAUCAGACCAUGUCUAAAAGGAAGAGACAGCAGACCAUCCACUCAUUUUUCAAGUCAAAGUGUCAAAGAAGAAUAACAAGCAUGCCACGGGAAAGUAGAGCAUCUUCAAUGGAUGACCAGACCAGAAGGAGUAAAAGGAAGGCCAGUCCUGCCUCCGAAAAGGACCAGAGGAAAAGGACAAGGAUGUCUAAAUCUCCACCCCGAAACACCUCUGAGAAAAAUGUCAACCAGGGGGUGAAAAGGAAAGCCAGCACUGAUGGAAAGGAGUCAUCAAAAACAAAGAAGACGGAAUUUGAGAUUUUUGACUUUACCCAGAGUGAUGAUGAAAAGGCUUCCUCCUCAGCGGACAGUGGCAGAGACAGUAGCGGGCCUUUGAAGGAGGUGCAGGUAAAUAGUAAGAGGAAGGCCAGCAAUGACGGAGGAAACCGAAACGGAAAAAGAAAGAGGAGCGCAGAGAUCCUUGAGACCAUACAGGACAGGAGAGAUAAAUUUGAGGCCAAAUACGUGCAGCAAAAUCACCUUGGUGAAGGAGGCUAUGGGGCUGUUUUUGCAGGCUACCGCAAAGCAGAUAACUUACCUGUUGCCAUCAAACAUGUACCAAACGACAAUGUGUUUUGCACACAUGUGGACAAUAACGGAAAGGAGAUUUCAGCGGAAGUCGAUAUUAUGUUAAAACUUGCGGAAGGGAGAACUGGAGUGCGCACAUCAGCACCUGUGUCCCUUCUGGACUGGUAUGACCUGGGCGAGGAGCUGAUCCUGGUGAUGGAGAGACCAGUACCCUCCAUGGACCUCUCCGACUACAUCCAGGGCAACGGAGGCUCCUUAGACGAGGAAGAGGCCAAGAUCAUAGUAAAGCAGUUGGUUGAUGCAGCUAAAGAACUUGAGGAUAACUGCAUCUUUCAUCGGGACAUCAAGGUGGAAAAUAUCUUGAUUGAGACAGGCUUAAGCACCCCCCGUCUCCGGCUCAUUGACUUUGGACUUGGCUGUUUUUUUGAAGAAAGCUCAUGUUACCACACUUUCUACGGUACCCCUAAUCACAUUCCUCCAGAGUGGUUCAGUCGUAACACCUACCACGCUGGCCCCACAACAGUAUGGCAGGUUGGAGUGGUUCUGUAUGAAUCGCUCCACAGAAAACCAUGUUUUGUGACCCAGAACUUCCUCAGGAACCAGCAGAAAAUCAGCAAUGAGCUGUCCGAAGAGUGCCAGGAUUUUCUCAAACGAUGUCUAGCCGAAGUCCCCGAAGAACGCCCCACCCUGGAGGAGCUCCAGCUGCACGAAUGGCUCAGUUGGUUCUAAUUGGUAGCUAUAAAUCCCCCCCUCUCCCCAACCUGUGUUUGCGUGGGUUUUCUCCGGGUGCUCCGGUUUCCCCCACAGUCCAAAAAAAAUACAGGUUUAUAGGCUAAUUGGUGACUCUAAUUUGGUUAAUUGGUGACCCUAUUUUGGCUAAUUGGUAACUCUAAAUCCCCCCCCUCUCCCCAACCUGUGUUUGCGUGGGUUUUCUCCGGGUGCUCCGGUUUCCCCCACAGUCCAAAAAAAAUACAAGUUUAUAGGCUAAUUGGUGACUCUAAUUUGGCUAAUUGGUAACUCUAAAUCCCCCCCCUCUCCGCAACCUGUGUUUGCGUGGGUUUUCUCCGGGUGCUCCGGUUUCCCCCACAGUC